AUGGCGGCGGCACGGCCCCUCCGCCACCGUUCCGACGCACUUCCGGCGCGUGUCGAUGACAUCACGAGCCGCUUCCGGUGGCGCGCGAUGCGGGUGUUGGGCUUGUGCCGGUGGCUGCGGGGCGGGACGGUGCGAGCCCUCGGACGCGGGGCGGUCACUGCGAGCUCCGCGCCGCCCCCGCAGGACGGCGUCACGGUGGAGGUUCUCGACCACCUGGAGCGCCUGGCCCUGGUGGACUUCCGCGAUGCCGAGGGCGUUGAGCGGCUGCGGGAGGCGGUGCGGUUCGCUGAGCGGCUGCGGGAGGUGAACACGGAGGGAGUCGAGCCGAUGGACUCGGUGCUGGAGGACAGGUGUCUGUAUCUCCGGGAAGAUGACGUUACAGAGGGCAGCUGCACGGCAGAGCUGCUGAAAAACGCCAGAGAGAAAGUAGAGGAAUAUUUCGUAGCCCCACCAGGUAACAUCCCUUUACCAGAGCUGGAAGAACGAGAUACUGUCCUGAAGGGUUCGUAGUGAGAGAACUCAAAUGCCAUGUCCGUAUUUUAUUUGGGAAAACUGUUUUGUGUGGUCACAACUGAAAUACCCCAGCAUGAAUUUGGAUCCACAGAACACUUGCUCUGCUAAACUUUCUGUCCCAUCCUUCUGUAAAUUCUCUUGGUGCUGAAAUACUUGAUGUUCAUGAAACUGGAAGGCAGCAUGACAAGUGCUUCCAUAUAUCAAAGCAUAUUUUAUGUAUUUUAUAUUCCUGAAUGGCUUAAGGGCUUUAAAGAGAACAUUAAAAACUGAAGGUUAAAACA